AUGGCCGUCGUCGACGCUGCGCCCUCGACGCCUUCUCCUCCCUCUUCCAUCCGAACACCACCCGCUCCACGCCUGGGAUACCACGACAGCUGGGAGCCCUAUUCACCGCGCAAAUCAGCAAGAAUAUCUGCACAGCGCACAUCUGCUAGAACGCCUUCGCCGCCACCUGCUACACGUCCAGCACUCGCCUCGCCGCGCACCGCAGCCAAAUCCAGCGCACAAAGCACAGCAGCCAUGGCCUCACCAGUUGCCUCGCCGCGCAAGAAGCGCCAAUCUGCUGCCGACUCGGUUCGUCGCGUAACGGCCUCUCUCGCAGCCGAAGCUUCUGCCGCCUCUGGAUCCAAGGACAAAUCCGUUGCCGGCCGAUCUGCCGCUGCUUCUUCUCUCAUGCUUCCUACGCCUUCCAAGACACCCCAGAAGCCCCCGAGUUCAAAGGCUACCGCCCACAUCCAGACCUUUGCCCGCAAUUUAUUCCCAGUUGCCGAGGAGACUGAGUUGUCAAGCCCGCGUAAGAGGCGAUCUAAGAAGUAUUCAGGCAUGACGCUCGAAAGUUUCCGGGCAGAGGUUGCCGAGGAGGACAUUGAGAUUUUCACCGACUCGCAAGAUCGCAUCCCCAAGAAGGAUGAAAGCAAGUCAAACCCCUUUGUGGGCAAUGCCCCCGCUGCAGAACCCUCCAAACGCCGCACUAAGCGCAAGGUCCAUGUUCCUGGCGAAGGCUCCCAGUCGGUUGACGAAGCAUCUCGCCGCGAAGACGGCAUGAUUUACGUAUUCCGUGGCAAGAAGUUCUUCCGCAAGUUUUCAGAAUUUGAUGAUGAGGAAGAAUUCGAGGAACUGGAUUCAGAUGUUGAGACUCACUUCUCGAAACCGCUCACACGAUCUUCCAUCAAGCCCAGACUUCUUUUCCCCACCAAGGCCCCUGCUCCAAAGACCAAGGAUAUGCUCGAAGAAGAAGAAGCCGCCACUGAUGUCGAGGAGGCCGUCGAAGCGGAGAAGCCCGAGGCCAAGGUUGAAACAGUUGAGACGCCUGCCAAAGCCAAGGAAGAGAGGGCACAGACACCGGAUGCCCCCAAAUAUGCACCUGCAUCGCCACCAGAAACCAGGCGGACCACUCGAUCCACCAACAAGCUAUCUGCAGACUCAGCUCCGAUCAAGCGCACCGGCAAGAAGAGUCCGUUCGACUCGUGGAUUCGGACCAAGGAGCACACAAACAGAUCGGGCACAAAGCGAGCUGCUGCAGAGCCGCUACCCGCAGCCCCCGCCAAGAGAACUCGAUCCUAG